AUGCACAAUCGUGUGAUGAUGACUCGCCGACUCUAUGAGUUCAAGAUGGAGGAAAGGGCGACGAUGGCGAAGCACCUCGACAAACUCGACGAGCUCAUCGUGGGUCUCCCAUUUCUCGGCGAACCACUGGACGAUGCUCGUCAGUUGGUUAUAUUGCUGAGCAGCCUGCCCAGCGAGUUCAAGUUGAUCUCGUCGAUCAUCGAGAACUCAAAGGACGUCACGCUGAUCGAGGUGGAGAAGAAGUUACUCAAGGAGUACGAGCGACUGGAAAAGAAGGAAACGUCGGAUCGCGCGUUGAAGGUCACCUCUGAUAGUGGCAAGGGCAAGAACGGCAAGUUUGUGAAACGCGGCAGGAAUAACGACCGUUAG